UCCUAUGACUAGGCUGGUGCCUGUGGUAUAAAUCAGCACGUUUUGUUCCUUAUCUCAGAGCACGAUAAGCAAAGUACGCGCAACUCCUCAUCUUAACUUCCUCUGUAGGCGGCUGCACAUCCAAAUCCUUUAAUCCAGGACGAAAGAAAGCGUCCGUGCCUUAUAAUAACUCCAUGCAUCAAAUGUCAAUCCACCUGUUUCACCCCACAGGUCCAUCAUCGAAAUGACAUUCAAAUAGUACGGAUUUGUGGUUGCUUUCACUUCCCAUGGCGCAGCCCUCAAACUUUCGUGAUGUUCCCAUUGGUUCUCCUGUGUACAGUCUCUUAUGCAAGUACGAUACCGGUCAUGGUUCAUUCAUAACGCAUUUGGAUAGAAUGCCUAUAUCGAUGAAAGUUGGCAUAUUCCUAAUCCCGUUUACAUUCAAUACCAUCAUGGCCACCCUCAUCGCUUGGAGGGCCAUUUCAGCUUCCACUCGCUACCAUAUCACCGCCUUUCUUUUUGUUGGAGAGUUGAUGCCUAAACACAAAGCUGAACCCCCUUCCUCUUGGUUCUGGUUCUGUAUCAACAUCCUCAUAGACAUUUUCGUCUAUCAGUUCAUGUUUCCCGUCGUCAAGAAGUUCGUCUUAGGUCACUUAUGGCUCCGUAUCCGUUGGGGGUUUCGACCCAUAGAAAUCGUUUUCCGGAAACCGACCGGACUUCGUCGUGGGUCACUAAAUAAGCUGCCACCGGAUGAGUUCCAACUUGCGUAUACGCAGUCCAUAUUCCAAGCUAUUGAUCCCAACUUCCUUAAAACGAAUGUGGGUUACAAUACGCGUAUCGGAUUCUGGUCAGUUGAGUACGAAGCCCCAAUGUCGGCCUACAGCCUUGUUGAAGAUGGCAUAGUUGAUCUUGAAUACUGGGAUGUAAGCAUCUAUUAAAGGGACAGUACGGGAUGGAAAGUCUGGCAGGCUGCCAAGUUUAAUAGCGCAGAUGGCGGUGGAUGGACUAAAACGCUGCAGAUAUUCAUGGUAUGUCAGCAGUUUCUAAGAUAUGUAUCUCUCUCAC